AGGUGAGAAUCCAAGUGGGUUUCUCAGGUUUCCUCCUCACCUUCUCUGUUUCUUCCAAUAAAUUAAUUUGAGUUGAGAGCCUUCUUUGUGGGUUUUGUGCACUGUUAACAAAUAAAAAGGGGUCUUUUUUCAUUUUUCGAAGCAAAGGAAGGGGAGAAAAACUGGGCAGGGAAGAUAAAUGGAGGAGGAAGAACAUCAGACUGUUGCUAGCAGUAGUAGCAAUAAUAAUUGUGAAGAUGAAGUUCUGGGUUCCAGCUUGACCAUGGAGAAAGUUGCUGCUGCCAAGAAAUUUAUCGAGAAUCACUACAAAACCCAGAUGAAGAGCAUUCAACAGCGCAAAGAAAGGCGGUGGGUUCUAGAAAGGCAGCUAGCUGCUUCAGAUGUGCCCAAAGAGGAACAGCUAAACCGAAUCAAAGAUUUAGAGCGGAAGGAGACAGAAUAUAUGAGAUUGAAAAGGCACAAGAUAUCUGUUGAUGACUUUGAGCUUCUGACCAUCAUUGGAAGGGGUGCUUUUGGUGAGGUCCGACUCUGUCGUGAGAAAAAGUCUGGCAAUAUAUAUGCUAUGAAGAAGUUGAAGAAAUCCGAAAUGGUCAUGAGAGGACAGGUGGAACAUGUUAGAGCAGAAAGAAACCUACUUGCAGAAGUGGCCAGUCACUAUAUAGUGAAGUUAUACUACUCCUUUCAAGAUGCUGAAUACCUUUAUCUUAUAAUGGAGUAUCUUCCUGGCGGGGACAUGAUGACUUUGUUAAUGAGAGCGGAUACAUUGUCUGAAAAUGUGGCUAAGUUUUAUAUUGCUCAGAGUGUCUUGGCCAUAGAGUCUAUUCACAAGCAUAAUUACAUUCAUAGAGAUAUCAAACCUGACAAUCUCCUCCUUGACAAAGAUGGUCACAUGAAGCUUUCAGACUUUGGUCUUUGUAAGCCUCUUGAUUGUAGAACUUUAUCCACUCUAAAUGAAAAUGAAGCCAUGGAUGAUGAGAAUAUGAGAGACCCAAUGGACAUUGACAGCUGCUUCCCAGAUGCAAGCAAUGUUAGUAAUUGGAAAAGCCCCCAGGAACAGCUUCAGCAUUGGCAGAUGAAUAGGAGGACGCUGGCAUUUUCAACGGUGGGUACACCAGACUAUAUUGCUCCAGAAGUACUAUUGAAGAAAGGAUAUGGCAUGGAAUGUGACUGGUGGUCACUGGGUGCAAUAAUGUAUGAAAUGCUUAUGGGUUACCCACCAUUUUAUUCAGAUGAUCCUCUAACUGCUUGCCGAAAGAUUGUUCAUUGGAGAAAUCACCUAAAAUUUCCAGAAGAAGCCAAUUUGACACUCGAGGCAAAAGAUCUCAUCUGUAGGUUACUAUGUGAUGUUGAACAUAGGCUCGGCACUGGUGGGGCUGAUCAAAUUAAGGCCCACCCCUGGUUUAAGGAUAUCGAAUGGGAUAAACUGUAUGAAAUGGAGGCAGCUUAUAAGCCAGAAGUUAAUGGGGAGCUGGAUACCCAGAAUUUUAUGAAGUUUGAUGAAGUUGGUGCUCCAACACCUGCAAGAACUGGUUCAGGACCAUCGCGGAAGAUGCUACUAACUCCAAAAGAUUUAAGUUUUGUGGGCUAUACAUACAAGAACUUUGAUGCUGUCAAGACACUUCGUAAUUCCUCAGAUUUCAUGAGAAGCACGUCCCCAAGAAGGCCAUCAAUUGACUCGUUAUUUGGUGAAUCCAAGGACGAUGAUGUGGGGAAAGGAACAGCCAAAGAAACAGAUCUACAGAUGAUUACAUCAAUGGAUGAUACCAUGUCACCUUAAUAGCAACAAAAUGUUUUAGCAGAUGGGAAAGGUUGCCACAGGGAUGGUGGCAUAUGCUCGUUUUAUUUGACCAGGUCGCUGACCCUUAACCGGGCUUUCCUUCGAAGCAGCUGUGGCUCUCUCUAUGCAAGUGUGAAUUUUAAGUGUACAGUAAUCCUUCUGAAACUUUAGUAGGGCACUUGGGUGCUUAUACAUUUAUGGGACGAGAGGACUGCUGCUAGGUAGACCUAUUUUCCUAUAGAUUUAGCGUAGGCUUCCGAGGUUCUUGUGUCCUGGCUGCCCAGGUUGGCAAUCGAACUUUGCUUUCUCUUGUGGCAGCUCGAUCUGAUUUUGAAUGGAGUGGAAAUCAUAUAGAAACCUAUUUGACUACCUCAGUUGCCAAAUGGAAGGCAACUAGAGUACUUCCAUAAUGGUAGACUCUGAUAAGCAAUUGGAACGGGUCAAUUCGAUAUAAUUGGUGGUAAUUUGAUGUGAUUGGCUUUAUUUAAAGUCAUUCUUGUCAAGUGAAUUCCAACAAAAUUUAACU